UCCUGUCGGACAUGGCCAUGACGGAGGUGGAUCGCUUCAUGGACCGGGAGCACCUGAUCUUCCGGGAAAACACCCUCGCCACGAAAGCCAUAGAGGAGUAUCUGAAACUCAUCGGCCAGAAAUACCUCAAGGAUGCCAUUGGCGAGUUCAUCCGGGCGCUGUACGAGUCGGAGGAGAACUGCGAGGUCGACCCCAUGAAGUGCUCGGCCUCCACCUUGGCUGACCACCAGGCCAACCUCCGCAUGUGCUGCGAGCUCGCCCUCUGCAAGGUGGUCAACUCGCACUGCGUGUUCCCACGGGAGCUGAAGGAGGUCUUUGCCUCGUGGCGGCUGCGAUGCGCCGAGCGGGGCCGCGAGGACAUCGCCGACCG